AUGAGCAGCAGCGCAGACUUCAAAGCUGCUGCGGAGCCUGGGCUUCCUGACGCUGCUGCGGUGAGUCACAUCACACCCACCUCUCACUGUCCGGGGUGCCAGCUCCGGACCCUCCAGGAUCUCCUGCUCCUGGAGUCCAAGGUCCCGAGCUGCAAAGGAUGUUUGUGCGACUCUCUGAAGAGAGGCCCAACAGAACCAUCACAGGUCCUGGGCUGCGCCGGUGCCGAGACCGGAUCCCAGCACUCACAUCCAUGGGACUGGACUCCGUGUGCCCUGCUGGCAGGCUCAAACUCUGUUUCCACUCAGGAGGGCCGCACUGAGCCGCCAGACGCGUCCAGAAUCGAGGUGGUCUCGGUGACGGAGGAGGACCUGCCUGUGGUGGAGACCCCCACCACAGUCAACGUGAGUCCCCUGGGAAGCUUUGACUCGCCCCCCGGAGAGCCGCCCGCCAGCCCUGAUCCCAGCCCAGGGAUGCCUGUCACCAAAGUCCAGCCGUUCAUGGCGGAGGAGGACCUGGAGAAGCCCUGGAGGAGGAGACUGCUGACACAUCGGCUGGAGCUGCUGAUCGGCGCCGCCGCGCUUCUGUCAGCGCUGGCUCUGGCUAUCGGACUCGGAGUUGGACUCAGCUGCGUGGGCAAGUUUCGCUGCGGCGGCGGCGGCGGCCAGUGCGUUAGCCGCUCAGGUCUGUGCGACGGGACCCAGGACUGCGACAACGGCGAGGACGAGCUGGGCUGCGUGCGUCUCAGCGGCCGCAGCUCGGUGCUGCAGGUCCACAAGGGCGGGCUCUGGAGAAGCGUCUGCUCGGAGGACUGGGACAACCAUCUGGGAGCGGCGGCCUGCAGGCAGCUGGGCUACUCCAGCUACGUGGAGUCCUUCUUCAUCCCACUCACCUCCGUGGAGCAGGAGCUGCAGGCCCAACUCGUGUCCCUCCAGCCGACUCCGUCCCACACGGUCCUGCUGCAGAACCUGUCCAGCUCCAGUAAAUCCCAGUGCAGCUCCGGCAAGGUCACCACCCUCAAGUGUCUGGACUGCGGCCUCCGUCCCGCCUACAGCUCACGGAUCGUGGGCGGGAACAUCUCCCGGCCCGGCCAGUUCCCAUGGCAGGUCAGUCUCCACUUCCGCAGCGAGCAUCUGUGCGGCGGCUCCAUCUUGACUUCGCGCUGGGUCCUGACUGCCGCGCACUGCGUGUACGGGUUCGCCGACCCGGCGCUGUGGUCGGCCCACGUGGGUCUGACAGAGCAGACGGUCCACGGCGCAGAGUCUCGGGCAGUGGACCGGAUCAUCUAUCACGCCCGGUACCGACCGAAAGCUCUGGACUAUGACAUCGCUCUGAUGAGACUCAACAGGUCGCUGGAGUUCAACGGUCUGGUCGAGCCCAUCUGCCUGCCGAACGUCGGAGAAGAGUUUGACGACGGGACCUUGUGUUGGAUCUCGGGCUGGGGAGCCACAGAGGAGGAGGGAGAGACCAGCGUGGUGCUGCGCUCGGCUGCGGUGCCGCUGCUGUCCAGCAAGACCUGCAACCUUCCGGAGGUUUACCAGGGCUUCAUCUCGUCCUGGAUGAUCUGCGCCGGAUACCUGGAGGGAGGAACCGACUCCUGUCAGGGGGACAGCGGUGGUCCGCUGGCCUGCGAGGACUCUGUCUGGAAGCUGGUGGGAGCGACCAGCUGGGGGAUCGGCUGCGCCGUGAGGAACAAGCCCGGAGUCUACACCCGGAUCACCCGCUCGCUCAGCUGGAUCCGCCGACAGAUGGAGGUCAGAAGGUGGCGGCGCCACGGACACGGCGCCGGUCUGAGCUGCGCUUGUGUGUUCCAGAGAGAGGACCGGCUCUAGGCGUCCCACAUCCGAGGGAGCAGAGAAGACAUCCACCCGAGUUUGAGAGGGUUUAUUCCAAAAUAGAAGCUCUAAGGCAAAACAGACCAGACGAGAGAGAGAGAGAGAGCGAGCGAGAGAGGGGCGGCGCCAGAGAGACCCGCCCCCUCCCCGGACACCUGGGCUCGGCCUCUGGCCGCCAAUGUUCCCGCCUCCAGGUGAUUGUGUGGUCGAGUGUGCGACGGAGUGGAGCCGAGUGGCGGCCAGGUGCUCGCGAGGACUUUCACGUGAGGUUUGUGCUUCUUCGUCAAAAGAGCGCGUAAGGCCAUGUUCAGACCAAUUGGUGCCGGUGUGGGACUUUACAAAACUUCAGACUCCAAAACAGAGUCGUGCUUCACUUAUCAAGCUGUACAUAAAUAUUUCAUACAAAACAGCAGAACACCAAAAAAAUCAAACACCAAUCUCAGUUUGUUUACAAAAAUAAGCAUCUCAAGUUCUUCACUCUGCAACUACUGAAAACACAAGCAUGCAAAAGUGGUGCGGCGAGCACGGCGGGAGCUCGGUCAACAAGAACUUUCACGGACUUUACAAACCUGGUGUGUUUUCAACACGUCUGUGUGGGAUGCCAUCCUUUUAAAUAUACAAAAGUGCACUGGACUUCGCGAGCUGAUGACAAAACGCUUUCUGAAAGUCAAGUCUGGGUCCGGUCCGGCUGGUGUUCCAACAGUGAACGUUGAGUGAAAACGGACUCCUGACAUGUUGGAGUCCGGCCGCUAGGUGGUAUCAUUCAACAACAACAAAAAACACACAAUGAAAAAAAAAAAAAAAAAAAAAAAAAAUCUGCCCAGUGAGAGGGGUCAGGUCCUUGCUCGAGGUGGCGCCUUUGACCAUUGGACGUGGGAUGACUGCAGCUGCAGGACGCUGCUGACAAGACAAACAUCCAGCAGGUGGCACUACGGGUCACCUUCUUCGCCUCUGUUUGAACCAGCACAGGAGUCUAGGACUCAGUGGUCCAGAGUUCUGGUUCCACAGAAUUUUACAGUCCCAGACAGACGAGGACUUUGGGACCUUAAAUUGGACCCUGGGUCAGUGAUAGACAAGUCGCAGUUGUGCUGGACGUGAACUGUAUGUGUGUGUGUGCGUGUGUGUGGGUGGGUGCGAGUGUGUGUGCGCGUCUACUGGAGCGAGUCGCUGUUGUCCAAGCCCAGUCCGGCCAUGUCCCCAUCGUCAUCGUCCUCGUCCUCUUCAUCCAUACUGUCCCCCGUCUCGUCCUCGCUGUGACCCCCGAUCAUCACCUGCUGAACCGCCAGCGUGGCCCCGUCUGACGUCAGGCUCUGCAGACCCUCCAUGUUCAUGGUCACCAGAGUCCCUGAGGAUGACAACAGGUCCGUCAGCCGCAGGGAGGCGUGGGAAGAAGGAGCGACUCACCGUCGGGCAUGGUGACCUGCUGCUGCGCUCCGCCUCCGGUGGCGAUGGAGUCGGGCCAGAAGCGCUGCAGCGGCCGGUUCUGAGGAGUCUUCUUCUUGGUUUUGGGUGCUUCGGACGAGCUGGCGUCCAACAUGGGCUGCAGGAUUCUCCUCCGAGCGUUGAUGAACCUGGACAAACGGAUCAGUUGGUGCUCGGCUCAGCCGCUGGCCGGCGACGCCAAAGGACGCACCAGUUGUUGACCUGCAGCAGUGUCAGGUUGGUCUGCGUGGCGAUCUGCUUCUUCUCGUCUUCCGUGGGAUACGGAUGCUGCAGAGCAUGGAGAGCCAUGAGCUCACGCUGCCACGGCUACAGACACACGCACGCGCGCACGCGGCGGCUCACCCCGAUGUGCUGGAAGAGCCAGGAGCGCAUGACGUUGGUGGCAUGUUUGGGCAGAACACCACGUUUGUUCUUGGUGGAGUUGUCGUCAUGAUUGAAGAGAUUCAGAUCCUGAUGGAACUGGAGCUGGAGCUGAACACACACACACACACACACACGUUUGUAUUUCUAGCCUCGGACCUGUGGAGGUUUCUCGCUGUAAUCACCCUUUCCCCAGCCGCUCCCCCUAACCAUCCACACACAGACACACACCACACAGAAACUGAGGUUUCAACCCUCACAUUUGGCAUCGCCUUGUUCAGACCCCACCUUUUACAUGCGCGCGCACACACACACACACUCCACUCACACACAGAACACACACUCCACUCACACACAGACAACACGCACAACUCGCAAGUCACGGACCUGAUUGUUCUGGACCCGUAUGGUCCCGGGAGACAGGGCCUGCGUGACCACCUGACCCUGGGGGGUGACCACGGUGACCGGCUGGUAGACGGUUCCACCUGACGGGGCACAGCGAGAAACAGCUACACCACUGCCGGGGGACGUCGGCCCCUGCGACUUACCUGUGACCAUCUGCGAGGGGUUGACGGUCGUCACGGUGACGUUCCCCUGCUGCAGAGCGGAUGCCGGCACCACGAUCUGACCGGGAGGACUGAUGGUGGUGGACAAGGAGCUGGGGGUCUGAGUCGGACACAGACAAGCUUGACAGACGUCCCGGGGCAGGGUGACGGUGCACUCAGAGCCAACUCA